AUGAGCGAAUCUAAUAAUAAUCUACUUCAUCUACCCGAUGAAAUCUUCCUCAUCAUUUUCAAAGAACUCACCAUGCUUGAUGUGUUCUCUUCACUUGUGAAUGUUGAUCGACGUUUUCAUCGACUAGCAAUGGAUUCUCGUUAUGUUCGUGAUUUUGAUCUCACUGACACGAGAAUGAUUAGAUCACUCUGCAAUCAAUCUUCAAUUGAUACUCGGUUCCUUCCGCGAUUCAGUGAAGAAAUCUUACCUCGAAUUCAUCGUCAUGUCCAUCAACUUACUCUCGAGCAGUCUUCGAUCAAGUCGCUUCUAACUGUCAAUUAUCCUCACCUCGAUUCACUGUCAUUGAUCAAUCUCGAAGAAGAAGUGCUUUAUCAAUAUGUAACUGAUGAUGUAGUACUUCGUGCUCUUUUCAAACAGGUGACAAAACUUAACAUUGACAUGAAGAAAUCGAAAGAGAGUCUCUCUAAUACUGUUCGAAACAUUUUCGCAUUAAUCAUCUCUCACUGUACACAAUUAACGGAUUUGAAUUUUUGUUAUAUGUUCACUCUGGGACAGUGUGAGGCGUUAGUUUACACUAUUCCACGAGAAAGUAAUAUUUCUUCCAGUUUAACAAAAUUGAAAAUCAGUGUCCCCACGUUCAUCGAUUGUGUUUAUCUUCUUGAUGGGCGCUUCGAAUGUUUAUCGACAUAUAUUGUCAAAGUUGGACACAUUUUUGAUAUACAAUGGAAUAUCCAUGGAGGAAAACCGCUUCCAAAACUGAAAUGUUUUUCAUUGAUUAGUUUCGAGAGGACACCUGAUUAUGACAAGCUUGUUGUUCCUUUACUUCGUCGGAUGAUCAAUCUGGAAGAACUACAGUUAUUUUUAUCCGUAUUAAUACGCGAAUCGUUUUGUAUUGAUGGCUAUGGCUUAUGGCACGACUUUGUCGGUCGUAUGACGCAGCUGAGGAAGUUUACUUUUAACAUCUAUACAACCGUGUGGUUUCGGAGCAUGGAUAUUGCAAUUCCAUGGAAUGAAUUUAUUCAAAGCACUUUCCAUGGAAGAAACUAUCCAUCAGUAGCAGCAUAUGUUACGAAGAAACCAAAUUGGUGUGACCAUGACUGUCACAUAUACUCUCUUCCAUAUGAUUUCGAAUAUUACCAUGAUCUAGACAAUCACUUUCCCGGUGGCAUGUUUUCUAAAGUUCGACUAUUGAAGAUGCGUGACAGCGUGUCCUUCAAACAUCGCUUAUUCGAGGUUGUCGCUCACGAUUUUCCGUUCCUCGAGUUCCUGCGAAUAUCAAAUACGAAGCCUAUGGAAGACAAAGAAGAUUCUUGUGCAUCCAUCGCAUUUCCUUGUCUAACAUUUCUCGAUCUCCGUGAUGCACAUGUUGACUAUGCUGAAAUGUUACUCUUGCAAACAAAAACUCAUCUUCCAUGUUUAUUGAAUCUCUCGGUGGAGUGGAAUCAACUCACAAAUAUCACCAAGAACUUCACUGAAAAGCCGACACAGUUCAAUCUGAAGAGAUUGAAAUGUCUUGAUGUCUGUCAACCGUUCGUUCGUCCUGAAGGCUUUGAUCAAUACUGUCCUUUUCUCUAA